AGUCAUCUGGAGCCCAAGGCUGCCCCCCUUACAUUUCCUGACACUGCCAGUGGUUUGUACACCUGCCUGUGCUGAUUCUCUGCCUAGGAAAGGACCAUGCAACUGGAGAUCAAAGUGGCCCUGAACUUCAUCAUCUCCUACCUGUACAACAAGCUGCCCCGGCGCCGGGCAGACCUGUUUGGUGAGGAGCUAGAGCGGCUCUUGAAAAAGAAAUAUGAAGGCCACUGGUACCCUGACAAGCCACUGAAGGGCUCUGGCUUCCGCUGUGUCCACAUUGGGGAGAUCGUGGACCCCGUGGUGGAGCUGGCUGCCAAGCGGAGCGGCCUGGCGGUGGAGGAUGUGCGGGCCAAUGUUCCUGAGGAGCUGAGCGUCUGGAUUGACCCUUACGAGGUGUCCUACCAGAUCGGUGAGAAGGGAGCUGUGAAGGUGCUGUAUCUGGAUGACAGCGAGGGCUGUGUUGCCCCAGAGCUGGACAAGGAGAUCAAGAGCAGCUUCAACCCUGAUGCCCAGGUGUUUGUGCCCAUCGGCAGCCAGGACAGUUCCCUGUCCAACUCCCCAUCGCCAUCCUUUGGCCAGUCGCCCAGCCCCACCUUCAUUCCCCGCUCUGCCCAGCCCAUCACUUUUACCACAGCCUCCUUCGCAGCCACCAAGUUUGGCUCCACCAAGAUGAAGAAGGGUGGCGGGGCAGCGGGUGGGGGUGGUGUGGCCAGCAGUGGGGCAAGCAGCCAGCAGCCCCCACAGCAGCAGCCUCGCAUGGCCCGCUCUCCCACUAACAACCUGCUGAAACAGAAGAACCUCUCUCUGUCUCUGCAUUCACUGAACUUCAUCACCGCCAACCCGGCCCCUCAGUCCCAGCUCUCGCCCAAUGCCAAGGAGUUCGUGUACAACGGCGGUGCCUCUCCCAGCCUCUUCUUUGAUGGGGCCGAUGGCCAGGGCAGUGGCACCCCGGCCCCCUUUGGGGGCAGUGGGGCUGGCACCUGCAACAGCAGCAGCUUCGACAUGGCCCAGGUAUUUGGAGGUGGCACCAAUAGCCUCUUCCUGGAGAAGACGCCCUUCGUGGAAGGCCUCAGCUACAACCUGAACACCAUGCAGUACCCCAGCCAGCCGUUCCAGCCGGUGGUGCUGGCCAACUGACCGCCCACCUGCCCGCAGGGCCAGGAGCACCCAAGACCACAGAAAAGAGAAAGGAAAGGAAAGGCCAAAAAAAGAGGAAAAGAAAAAUAUACAAAAAGAUUUCCAAUCUUCUCACUCUAACUUCUAGAAAAAAGAUCCAGCCCAGGCAUGGAGAGGGAGGGGGCUCCCGAAGCACCGAAUCGUGUUUAACUCAACCCCCUGCUAUUUUCCUGCCUGCCUCUGAUUUAUUUGGUUUGGGUUUUAUAUUUCUUUUUUUUUUCUUUUUUCUUUUUUUUUUUACAUGUAGUUUUCUAUAUAACAUCUUUAAUUAGUGGCUUCCUGUGCUAAGAAUGGUCCAGAUGUGAAUUGCUGCUCCCUGCUCCUUCCUUCCCUGCUCCCUCCCGUCCGCCCUCUCUCCACAGCCUGGUUUAGGGUUGGUGUGUCCAAGCUCAUAGCGAAGGGAGAACCACAGCUAGGUCUGGCCCUCCUCAGAACCUCAGAACAGGGAGAGCCUGCCCCAUGUCACUGCCUCCAUCAUCCAGCUAUCCUCUCACUCAGAGCCAUCCAACCUCAGCAGGCCUCGGGCCCUGCCGCCCAAAUAGGUCUGACUCCAGCCCCUACUCCCUCUCAGGCCUGGGCCCUAGGCAGCUGCUUGCCACUUGACACCCUCCCCCUGGAGCUGAUGUCCGUGACUCCAGGGAGGUCAGCACUCUGUCUAGUGUAAUUCCUUCCAUUUCUGCCCUGUGGCCCCACGCCACCUUCCCCACCUGGCCCAGACUGUCACUGAGGCCCUGGAGACCCAGUGGUUGGCACAUGUGACGCCUCCCAUGCAUCCCCUUCCCUGGGCCUGAGGUGGAGAGGGAGGUGGGGCAGGUGCAGGUGUGUAUGUGCGUGUGUGCACAAGGCUUGCUGUCCUGCUUUAAAGGAUUCCGAGGCAUGUGAAACUUCCCUUCUGGGUAUGAUUCCGGGUUGCAGCAAGUGCUUAUGUAUGUAUGAGGUUGGGGGAUGGGCGGGGGUGGGUUGUCAGUCUUUUUGUAGGGUGGUUCACAUGGCAGGGCGAGACUAGCAGAGCCUAAGACACUCCCAGGGGAAAGUACUGCAGAAGGAACUGGUUUCCAGACUGCGGAGGGAUCUGCACUUCUGUUUUGACCAAAAAAGGGGGGGGGGGUUAGCUGUGAGGUGCUGAAAGAAUACCCAGCCUCUGAAACCUAAGAGAAGUCCCUGGACUGAGACCCUCCUAUUAUGUUACCUUAGCCCAGGGUGGGAGUUUGGGUCAGUGUCUGUAGUGGGCAGUCCUAAGCCUUGAAUUGAGACUUUGGUCUUUCAGUUACAGAUGUUGUUUUAGUACAUUUCUUCCCCUGCCUGCUUGAGAACCUCUUGGUACCUCUUGCCAUCCUCCGUCACUGCCCAUCCCAGCCCCCGGGCCCUGAUGCUGUGAGGAGAGUUCCGGGCAGGCUGAGCUAGACAGGCGCUUGGUCAUCACAGGUGGUAUGUUUGGACUGUUGAAGAGGCUCACUCCCCACCUGUGCUGGAGAGAAGUUGUUUGACCAGACCCCAGUGGACUAGCUUCCAUGCUAUGACACUUCGGCAGGUGGCGCACACGACAUGAGAGCCCCCAUCACCAGAAAGUACCAAAGCCCUCGACACCCCACUCCCUCCUCCCCAGUCCCCAAGUGGGCAACUGCUGUGGCAGUGUGUCCUGCCCCGACAGACACUGCCAGCCUCCUCUCCCUGCAGUGGGCGCCAGCUCUACCUCCCCGAGCCAGGCUAUGCCCUGGCUCCUCGGCCCAGCACCAUCUGUCCCCCUAGACUUCUCAGGGGCCAGCCCAGUCUGGGCCACCCUCUCCCUAGCCCUCAGCUCCCACAAAGGUGACAGGCCCAGGCUGCUCUCUGGGAAAGGUUGGAUGCUGCCUUAUCCCUCUUCCCACUCCUCCUCUCACAUACACACAGGCACCCACCACACCCUGGCCAGCUUGUUUCUCACCACAUGGAGAGUGGGAGACCAACCCCUUAGUGUCUUUUGAAAUAUGAAGUAAAGUAUGUAUUCAGGAGCAUGAUUCCUGUGCUGGGCUCUUAGGCCCACUUCAGUCUGUCUGUCUCAAACCUAGGCAUUUUUGCUUCAAUUUUAUUUUUUUUAAGAAAAAAAGAAAAAUCUGCACUAAUUUACCUGGUUUCGUAGGAAAACUUUUUUUUUAUUUUUUACAUUUUUUGGUGUCCGUUUGUAUUGAAUAAUUUGCUACAUUUGUAAGAUGUAAGAGGUAUAUAUAAUAUAUGUAUAUUUCUAACGUAAAAAAUGUAAUUUUUUCUUUUCAAGAUUUUUUCUUAAAAAGAGGAGACAAACAAAGAUAUUUUUUCAGGAAAAACAAACUUUAAAAUAAAAAAAAGGAGAAUACAACCUAUUUUUCCCCUUUCCCCAUCCUCUAUCUACCCCUCUUUCCCAGAAACAAAAGGUGGAUUGUCUUGUAAAGAAUGUAAACUUUUAGUCCAGAAUGAUGUAUUUUUCUCAAUGCAGUAAGCUUAGAUUCUCUAGUUUGACCCCUAGGGAUGGGAAGGGGGGGGCAUUGAGGCAACAUGGAGAGGAGCUUGGGGGGAGCAGGGUAAUGAACUUGUUUUCUUUAGUGAAGGAGGAAUACAAUCAAGCGUUUUGUAUUCAGAAUGUUGUGCAAUAUUUUGGAAUGGGACAUUGGUGUGUUUAGAGAUUUAGUUUAAAAACAAAACAAAAAGAUUGAUCAAAUCUGUACAGUUUAUAUUGUUCCAGAUUUUUUUAAGUUUGUAUUAAAAGCAUGAUACAUAAUAGC